GGUGCUGCAGCAGAACCAGAGGUUUUCACUCAUGGAGGAAAAGUACAAAUCUCUUCAGGGGAAAACUUCCAGUCUGUUCAACAUGGAGGAAGAAGUCCUCAGAGUUUCUAAGAAGUGCGAGAGCGUCCAGCUGAUGCUGGAGGGUCUCGGGGGUCAGCGGGGAGCUCUGCGGCCCCAGCUGGAGGCUCUGGAGCUGGACGUCGGCCGGCUGAAGGAGUGGGCGUCUGGGCUGACGGAGAAACGAGCUCAACUGCAGACCAGCAUGGAGGCAUUGAGAGACGCUGUGGGGCAGAUUGAGGGACGCACCUCGACCAUCACGAUGGACUUUGCCAACAAGGUGGCAUCAGUGAGGACAGAUGUGCGGAGGAUGGACGGCCUGCACUCUGAGCUGGAGUCUCUGCUCGCUAAGGUUGGAGAGCUGGAGGACCAGACCACCCGGUUGGAGCACAGCAUGGUCAAACGCAUCGGGGACGUGCUGACCAGCAGCAUGGACCGGGUGUCCAAUCUCCGGGCUGUGUCCGAACGCAACGCCCAGGCCAUAGAGCAGCUCCGCAGGCGCAUCCCUGAACUCACCACCGCAGACGAUCAGAUCUCUGAGCGUCUGAGGGAGCUGGAGAGCGGCAGAGCUCGACUCAUAAGGACGGUGACCUUCGCCAGUGACCUUAAACCAAAGGUGGCCGCCAUCAAGAGGGACUUUGGGGCGUUUGAGCCUCAGCUGUCGGAUCUGACUCUGCGGAUCGGAAGACUUGCAGAGGAUCUGACUAAAAGAGAGCAGGAGAUAACUGAGCUCAGACAGACUCUAACUAAUCUAACUGCAGUAGAGGGAGAUUUAAGUGUCACAGCCAAACAGGUCAGUGAAAUAGCUGAUAUAUCUGAUAUUGGAGAGAUGCACCGGCCAACAUGAGUCCCAUCCUCGGGACAAGUUUCAGACUGGCUGAAGGAUUUCAUUAGUUUUUCACUCUGUUUUACAUCUGGUCAACUGUCAAACUACUGUACAGAGGUUUACUGAAAUAAAUAUGAAACAAACUCGGA